UAAACAGUGAAAAUUACUUGAUAAUUUAAUUGUUAUCUCCCAAUCGCCGUGCGAACACAAGGCAGAACGCCCGUGUCCUAAUCUUUAACGUUUAAAAAAGUAACACAGAUAAAAAUAACUUUAAAAAAAUAAUUUUGACAGCAAAGUGAUGAGGUUCGUUGAAAAAAAUCCGAAAAAGGCAAGGGAGCCUGAUUCCGCUGCCAGCUCUGUCAGAUCCGUCGACAGUUACGAAAUAUUCGGGAGUGCAUGUUCCGACUGCACGGACUGUGAAUAUUGUGAGGAUCGGAGACGACGUUACAAAAAACCCAGUAACACACAAAAACACUGGUCUCCGAGUGUAACGAGUCACAGUUACUGCAGCGCCAUGAGUCGCGCGGAGGCCGAGCCCCUGCUGCAGGGCGCUGUCACGCCAACUUAUAGAGCUGUCAGUUCCGAGAGCAUCGAUACACUGGGUCCAGCCGAUCUAUCGUCCAAUGACGUCCUCACAACCUUCCACAAUACAUUCGAGAACUCUUUCAAACCAGAGAGAGAAAAGAAACAAAGUUCGCUAGUCACUAUUUUCUCAGUGUGGAACACAAUAAUGGGCUCGUCAUUGCUGACAAUGGCGUGGGGCGUAGAGCGCGCAGGGUUGCCAGCUGCGCUGCUACUGCUUGCGUUCAUGGCAGCCCUGUGCCUCUACACGGCUUAUGUGCUGCUCAGGGUCAAUAAAUACCAUGGUAGUGCAAGCUGUGAAGUGCCCGCCCUAUGUCGGGAGUUGCUGGGACCUUGGGCAGAGGUGGUGGCGCACGUGUUCAGUGUUCUGGUUCUGCUCGGUGCCAACAUAGUCUACUGGAUCCUCAUCACUAACUUCCUUUACUUCAGUGUCAAUUAUUUUGUUGAUCUAUCCACCUCGAAUGAAACGGAGUACAACACGUCACUCCUAUGCCCUCGGCACGCAAACGAGUCCCUCCUACUUGUUGAGCCUGAAAAGGACAGUCCCUACUGGGGACUCCACACCACCGUGCCUAUCUACGUCGCACUCCUGGUCUUCCCCCUGCUCAACUUUAAGGACGUAUCUUUUUUCACCAAGUUCAAUUCGUUAGGCACAUUAUCAGUAGCGUAUCUACUGAUCUUCGUCAUAGUAAAGGGCUACGCGUGGGGCAUCAACGUGGGCUCCAUGAUGACUGAGACCCACGCCGUCCGCAACGCCGCCGUACUCAGCGGGAUGUUGGCGCUGUCCUUUUACAUACACAACAUUAUCAUCACUAUCAUGGGGAACAAUGCGAGGCAGGAGAAUAAUGGUAGGGACCUGACGAUAGCGUUUCUCCUGGUGACGAUCACAUACACGCUGGUUGGAGCCGUCUUCUACAUUUGCUUCCCACUCGCCAAGUCCUGCAUUGAAGAUAAUUUAUUGAACAACUUUGAGAUGCACGACGUAAUGACUGCAAUGGCGAGAAUGUUGCUGCUGUUUCAAGUGAUAACAGUAUACCCGCUGGUCGCCUUCAUGCUACGUACGGAAGCGAUCCUGCUGCUCCCAUUCGAGAAGACCAGGUUCCUGACCGUCGUCAUCAACGUGUUCAUCAUGACGCUCUGCAUACUUGUCGCCUGCUUCUGUCCCAGCAUAGGGACCAUCAUCAGGUAUACGGGUGCAGUAAGCGGUUUAGUCCACAUCUUCGCCCUCCCAUCACUCCUUCAAAUCCGGUCUCUCCAGCUCAGAGGGAAACUGACUUGGUGGAAGACUGUCUUCUACUGCGCUAUACUAGUCUUCGGAGCCGUGAACCUACUCAUGCAGUUCUUUAUCAACGAAUAGAGUUUAUUGACUUGCAGACCAAAUUAUUAAUCCACACCUUUGAGUCGUUUUAAGGUAUUCGGUAGAUACUUUACAAUGCUUAUUAUUGAGUGAUACUAUGGCUGAAUACCGGUGUGGAACAACGUGGCAAACGCGUGGAUGAAAACCUCACUGAGGAUUGGAGUUUUGAGGACAAGGACUAGGACAGGAUUAUGAUUGGGGAUUUGAGGAUACCAUUGACUAUCGGAGGCUCCAAAUCCUUAAUUCUUACAUAUGUGUUGCGGUUGUCCAAAUUCCAGGCUGGGUUUGUUUAUAAAAAAAACGGUGUUUUAAGAAUGUAAAAUGGACAGACCAUGAAUUGAUCUUGAUUUCAGAUUCAAUGCAUUGACUUACAAAAAUAGACUCUAUUGCCAAGAUUUAGGUAUAUAGUUCCUUAAAAAACUCGAAUAGGUGAAAAAAAAAUGUAAAUAAAAGAAAAGGUCCCAUUAAAAAGUUGUAAAAAUACGAAGGGUAGAUAAAAUGAAUAAAACAUUACCUACUGUUGUAAUCUAUUUAAGUUUUCGACGGAUGAAGGAAAAGCUAAAAAAGUUAGUGUUCAAGAAUGGAUCGACAUAUUAUUACAAAAAUAUAUCUAGAAGCAGAAUAUAAUAUAACAAAGUAUAUAAAAUUCUAAUUUAUUUAUUGACAAUUUGCGUAAGAAAUCGACAUGGUAUAUUAUAUCAGAGCUUUUCAUCAUCAACUUAAAAUUAGCAUACAUUGAUAUUACUUCAAAAAUGAUCUAUUUGGUUGGUCUUUUUAUACAGUGUGCUAGGUUCAACGGGAGAUAUAUACAAGGACCCGAUUCUGGUGCUUAAACAAAACAACUUUAUCAAUAAGACCAAUAUGGAAAUAUAAAAAAAAAAUAUCUUCUCCAUGCAACAUGAUUAAUCAGCUAUUGUGAUUUUUAUGGGGAAAUAAACUUACUUUUGAGAUUUAUAUAUGUAUAAGUUUUAUGGCACCUCGGCACCUUCAAUAUUUGUCUUGUUCAACCUAAGACACUUAAGUAUAAGAAUGGACCGAUGGAUUGACAAGAUUUAUUAUGAUAUUUAAAAAAAAACUAGUUUUAGAAAUAGCAUGAAAAAGCUAAUAUACAAAGAUACAUCCCAAUGUUAAUUAUAGGAUUAGAAAUGUAUUUUAGGAUUGAUAAUGAUAAUUAAUAGAAUUUAAGUAAAAAAUAAUAAUAGUUAUGUGUAUAUAUGUGUACCAAAGUAAAAAAUAUCUAGUCAUAUGUUAUAUUAUUGUAUUGAAAUAAAUAAAACUCGUAACAUGUAAACAACAUUUUAUUUUUUUUAAAUACAAAUGUAAUAAUAAUAAUUUAUAUAAACAAUAAAAACUUUUUGAUUACAAUCUUCAAAUUGUCUUUGGCUUACCUUUAUUAAUUAUUGUGCUACCUUUUUAUUAUAAAAUUAUUAAUUUCAUAUUUUUACAAAAUAUAAAAUCCAAUUUGUGAUUUUAAACCUUUCGUUUUUUCAUAAUUUAUAUAAAAAAAAAAACGCUUUUUGUUUGCGAUUCAUCUCAUUGUAGCUGUCUCUAUCAAUACAAAGGUUUUAGAGUGAGAUGGAUGAUAUUAUUAUAAACUAUGUACAAGAAAAGAUUAACGCUGCUAUUUGACGUCAUAUCACAACUACGUCAUACGUUGCGAUUUCAUACAAAAUUCAUAGAAAAGUAUCUUUUUUAACAUUUCAAUAUAAGUAUUGGUUUUGACUUAGUAGUUGGAAACUACAGUAUUGUUUUCUAAUAUGAAUAUUUAGACACUACUGACAUACUGUGAAGGAAAACGUCGUGAGGACAGAUUUAAUUUUAAGUUUGGAAUCGCCAAUCUGCCUUGAGCAAGAGUGGUGAUUAAUGCUCAAACCUUCUCCUUGUGAGAAGAGGCCUUUGCUCAGCAGUGGGCACUUAUAGGCUGAUGAUGAUAAUAUUAUACACAAUUAAGUAAAAUCAUUUUUUAAUAUUUUACAACAAAACAUUGAUUUAUGUAAAUUAGAAAAAUAUAAAAAUAACACAAUCUAGAAGUAAAUAAUAGAUUUUGAUAAAAAAAAAACAGUUCUAAUAUUAUUAAUUCAUAACUAAGGUAGGCUAAAAAGGAUUAUACUUGAGCUAACGGAUAACAGAGAGAUAAAGAUACGUUAUAUGAUUUAUUAUUUAACAAUUAUUAAAUAUAAUGAUUAUUAUUAACAACACUCCAUAACAGCAACUUAUUUAUAAGUAAAAGUAACUUAAGUUUACGAACUCCGGAGUCUGGCCAGAGCCUGUUGAGACUGGAGGUCUAACGCCGAACACAGCCAUUAUAAUGAUUUUGCGGGAU